CAGUCCAAGUCACACACGCCACGUGACGCGACGUGCAUGACCCUUAACCGCGACAACAUAAACGACAAGAAAACUUAAAAUACUACUAUGGCGCCAGUAACGGAAGCGGUGCUGACUAUCUCAUUUGGCGAGGGCCCGCAUUGGGACGUAGAUGAACAAGUCCUGUACUUUGUCAACUACACCGACAACACAAUCAACAAAUACAAUCCGGCGACCAGGGAAAGAACCUGUUCAGAGUUUGAUGAUCAUGUAUCAUUUAUCAUACCGAUCGAAGGCAAGAAGCAUCACUUUCUCUGCGGGAUGAAACGGAACAUCGUCGAAAUAGAAUGGAACGGUGAGAACGACACCGCGAGAAUUGUCAGAAUUGUGGCGCAAGUUGACAAAGACAAGCCAAUCAAUAUGUUUAAUGACGGUAAAGCUGACCCUAGAGGACGGUUGUACACUGGUACAUUAGGUUUUAAUGACAGUGGGUCAAUGUCACUUGAGAGUUUUGUUCGUGAGAAUGGCUCAAUAUACCGUUUGGAUGAGGAUGGUCAGAUUCACGAGUUGGAUGGUAAGAUCACCCUCGCGAAUGGUCUGGCGUGGGAUAUUGAGAGAAAAUACUUUUAUUACGUAGACUCUAUGGAUGGGAUUCGAAGAUAUGAUUAUGACAUCGAAACUGGAAACAUAUCAAACUGCAAAAAAAUAUUUGUCGCAGCGGAACACGGGUUUAAAGGAUUGUGUGAUGGUAUGACCAUAGACACGGACGGUAAUCUAUGGGUGGCUUUAAUGCAAUCAAGCAAGGUAAAUAUACUUUUAAUGGAUUUUAACAAUUGUUACGUUAUAAAAAUCGAAGGUGAAACGGGAAAAUUGCUCCAAAAAGUCACUAUACCUACGAACGAAGUUACGUCGGUUGCGUUUGGUGGACCGAACUUGGACAUCCUUUAUGUGACGACAGCCAACACUCGGUGCAAGAAGAACGAACCUGCGUGGGGCGCGGCCUUGUACGAGGUCACAGGCCUCGGUGUAAGGGGACAUCCAUCUACCAAAGUUAAAAUAAACUAA